AUGAAAACAGUCAAAACGCAAUCGAUGCGGUGGGUACGUUCGGCAAAGUCUCUAAAAUCGAUCAAAUCUGCUCAUGAUGACUCUGUUGACCCUAAAGUGAUGGAGUUCAAAGAUUACAUAGAAAUGGCGACAAAACAAUUUCUUUGUCCUUGCCCUGUUGUAGUAAGAAAAAGUUUCCAAAAUGAUUACUUUUAUAAAUCCUCGAAAGGAAACGACUCUAAGAGAAAGAACAACGCAACAUUACCAAGAGAAGAUGCACAAAAUUUGGACAUGAAUGCAUUGAGUUGUUGCACUGAUGCAACAUCGCAAGCAUCCAUAGAAUAUAAAGACACUAUAGUCAUAGAAACUAUAUACGAUAACAUGAAUAAUCUAGUUGAAAUUGUCAUUAAUAAAGUCAGUAAUGUUCCUCGAAUUUUGAUGCAAUUAAUAGGACUAAUGGUACCGUAUUUUCGGAAACUCAAUAGAAUCAAUAUCAGAAAUUGCAAAACAAACGUUUACACAAUUCAUGAAUUGAGAAAAAUGAUACCAUUUUCCACGAUAACCGAUGUGUGUCUGGAUGGAUCUACACUUUCAGAAAUCAAUUAUGCAACGCUUUUAGAUUCGCCGAUUAGAUUAAACCAUCUCUCGUUAAGCAAAUGCUUAAUAAGUGAUGAUGUCUGUGUGCAAAUAGCUUCAAAACUUCAGCUCUUUGGGCCAGCCGAGGCGAAUCUACUAACCCUUGAUCUCUCCAUCAACGAGAUAACCGAUGUGGGUGCAACAAGCUUAGCAGAGGCUUUAAAAACAAACCGAAACUUAAGGUACUUAAAUUUGGCCGGUAAUCGCAUCACCGAUGAUGGAGCCUGUAGUUUAUUUAAUUAUCUAAUAGAUUUUCCACUGUCUUGCGAUGAAAUUGUAGAAAAACGUCGCAGACGCAUUGGCUAUUUGAGAGCGAAACGAGACCUUAUAAUGAAAUAUAUAGGAGAAUGCGAUUCGAAAUCUUUUGAUGAAUACAGCCAGAUCAGCAAAAAGUCCACCGUUAAGAAGAGAAAGACUUCAGCAACUUCAGUUAAAGGUAAAGGCUAUUCACGAAAAGAAAAACUUAAACGCAGCAGUUUAACUGACGACGAUUUAAAUUGCAAAGCCGAGAUGAUGGCUAACGAAAUGCUAGGACCCUAUAUGGACCCUUUCGGCCCAGGUUCUAUAAAAAUUAAAGACGGUGAAUCUUUUUGCAUUGGCAAUCUUGUGUUAUGCUAUCUGAACUUGGCUUACAACAAUUUAACAUACACAAGCAUCACAAAAUUGCAUCAAGUUUUGAUUCAACAAGCUCAGCACAAAAAACACGGCCAGCCAGGCUUAAUUAAAAUCGUCUUAGACGGUAAUGAUCUGCCAAUAGCCUGUACGGAACUCAAUCAAAUUUAUGAAAUACUUAAUAAGAAUAUUUCUUGUUUUGGAAGUCACACAUAUUCGGAGGGGAUGAGGAGAAAAAGUCGGACGGCUAGAGUUUCAUUAUAUGAACACGAUGAAAAGUAAUUACGUAAUUUUGC